CUGUACCUGGCUGAGGUCGUUGGUGGGAGGUUGAUUCCCAGCAGAAUGGUGGUGGUCAGGUUUUUGGAAUGUGAGGCUAAUCUUCAGGGGAUCAUAGGAAAAGUACAAGAUGCCACUGGAAGCUAUGACCCUAUGAUACUGACUGAUGCACAGGGUAAUGCUAUUUUGGAGUAUGAAGGAACAACCGGGUCACACUACUGGAAACAGAAUGCACGAAAGAUUCUUGCUGUGCAAGAACGGGAAUUCCAGGAGUUGCAGGGUAAAAAAAGGAGGCGACUGAGCCGAAAAGAUGACGAAGCCACAGGUAUUGGAGAGGUCACUGAGAAAUUAGAAGAGCUUGUGCUUGCAUCCCAGAACCUACCAGAUAUAACUGCAACAAUCAGAGAGCUCACCAACCUGGCUGCCACUCAGAGAGUCAUCCUAAAUCAAACACAGCUACAGACCAUCAAGCAAGGAUUCUGCUGUGUUGUUUGUAUGAAGUUCAUCGAGGAGCCAGUCUUCACACUGUGUUGUCGAAGUAUUAUUGGUUGCAAAACAUGUGUGGAACAGUGGCAGGAGACGUCUGUGCACUGUGCUAAAUGCAGAGAGAACACAGCAGGCAACAACAUACUUCAGGUUAAUGGUCUGUCAGAGGUAUUUUCUGUUCUAAGAUCCCUUUUUGAAGAGUAAGAUUUUGCACUUUAUACUCACAAAUAGGCAUGUUGUGUUUACCUUUGUUUUAUCAAUUCAAUGUGUCGGUCAGAGUUCUUGUACAAUUGAUGUUAAAUUGUUUUUGUUGAAAAUGUGACUACUGUUUUUAUAGACAUCGCUGCUUUACUGAUUUAAACAGUUGUUUAAAAACACCCAUUGCUCCCAAAUCAUCGCUCUUGUAAGUAAUUUACAUUCUGUAGUUCAAAUAGAGCAAAUGGUUUUCACACAUUGCGCUGAGUUAUUGUUAUGAGAUAGAGUAAUGCUUCUUUGUAUGGAGCAAAGUCAUUGUUGACUGCUCUAGAGAACAAGUUUGAAAUGUCUGAAUAUUUCUCUGCAAACUGAUUCUCGACUGCAAGUUUGUCCUGUUCAGUUAAAAAUGGAUCAACUCCAAAGGUAGAAUGGGUUGUCAGUGAAGAUCCCAGCUGUUCUUAGUAAAGGUCUGCUGCUUCAACUGAAUGAGGCAACAUAUCCUGUGCUAUUUUUUUUGGACAACCACUGGCAGCCA